CGCCAGGUGAGGGCGGGGCGCGGGCGCGCGGGCGCAGGCGCGGGGCCGGCCGCGCGCACCUGGCGGGCGCGGGGCGGAAGCCGCAGAGCCCGCCCGGCUCCGGCCUCCGGGGCUGCGGUGCCGCUGGCUGGCAGCGCCUUCGCCGUCCUCCCGCCGGACGAGGAAUAGAACCACAUUUCUACUGGCUGAGCUUCAAAGAAUGUACUCAGAGGAACAGCACCUGGGGUUUGGGAAUUUCUGUUUCUUUUAGGUGUUAUAAUUUCAAGAAAUGCUGUGAUAUAUUUGAAGAACAACUCUCACAAAAACUUUCAUUGUGUGAAAAUUUUUAAAACUAGAAUGGCCUUGAAAAAGACACCUAAACUAUUUAAGACAUUUUUUCACUGGAGACUUUGGAAGUUUAGCAUUAUUGUGUUUGUCUUUUUGGUAUUUUUAUUUUUAUUACAAAGAGAAGUGGGUGUUCAAGAUUUUAAGGAUGAAGCAGGAAUAGAGCCAGCUGUUGGAAAGAAAAGUCAUGUAUUAGGUCUUGUGUUAAAUGCUAUGAACAAUAUCAAAGGUGCAAAGCCAAAAAUGCAGAUAAAAGCACCCAUUAGGCAAACCAAAAUUCCUGGAGAGAGACACUGUUUGCCAGGGCACUAUACUCCAGCAGAACUGAAACCCUUUCUAGAUCGGCCCCCUCAAGAUCCUAAUGCUCCUGGAGCUUCUGGUAAAGCAUUUAAAACCACCAACUUAAAUUCAGAAGAACAGAAAGAAAAACAGAUUGGAGAAGAGAAACACUGUUUUAAUGCAUUUGCAAGUGAUAGGAUUUCUUUACACCGCGAUCUUGGACCAGACACUCGACCUCCUGAAUGUAUUGAACAAAAGUUUAAGCGAUGCCCGCCACUGCCAACCACAAGCAUUAUCAUCGUUUUCCAUAAUGAAGCGUGGUCAACUCUGCUCAGAACUGUCCACAGUGUGAUGUACACAUCUCCUGCCAUACUGCUGAAGGAGAUUAUUUUGGUGGAUGAUGCCAGUGUAGAUGAAUACCUGCAUGAUAAGCUCGAUGAGUAUGUGAAACAGUUUCAAAUAGUUAAAGUAGUCCGUCAGAAGGAAAGAAAAGGUCUGAUCACUGCACGGUUGUUGGGAGCUUCGGUAGCAACAGCAGAGACCCUUACCUUCCUGGAUGCUCAUUGUGAAUGCUUCUAUGGCUGGUUAGAGCCAUUAUUGGCAAGAAUAGCUGAGAAUCCUGUCGCUGUUGUAAGCCCUGACAUUGCUUCUAUUGAUCUCAAUACCUUUGAAUUCAAUAAACCAUCUCCUUAUGUGCAUAGCCACAACAGAGGAAAUUUUGACUGGAGUUUGUCAUUUGGGUGGGAGUCUCUUCCUAAACAUGAGAAUAAAAGAAGAAAGGAUGAAACCUAUCCAAUUAGAACACCUACUUUUGCUGGAGGUCUCUUUUCAAUAUCAAAAGACUACUUUGAACACAUUGGAAGCUAUGAUGAAGAAAUGGAAAUAUGGGGAGGUGAAAAUAUAGAAAUGUCUUUCAGAGUGUGGCAAUGUGGUGGACAGUUGGAGAUCAUGCCUUGCUCUGUUGUUGGCCAUGUCUUUCGCAGCAAGAGUCCCCAUACUUUCCCAAAAGGUACUCAGGUGAUCACACGUAACCAAGUUCGCCUUGCGGAAGUGUGGAUGGAUGAAUAUAAAGAAAUAUUUUACCGAAGAAACACAGAGGCAGCAAAAAUUGUGAAACAAAAAACAUUUGGAGACCUAUCAAAAAGACUUGAUUUAAGGCAGCGCCUGCAGUGUAAAAAUUUUACCUGGUACCUCAAUAAUGUUUAUCCAGAAGCAUAUGUGCCAGACCUGAAUCCCUUGUUUUCUGGAUAUUUAAAAAAUAUAGGUAACCACAUGUGUCUGGAUGUUGGUGAAAAUAACCAUGGUGGCAAACCAUUGAUUAUGUAUUCUUGUCAUGGACUUGGAGGAAACCAGUACUUUGAAUAUUCUGCACACCACGAAAUUCGCCAUAACAUUCAGAAGGAGCUUUGUCUGCAUGCUUCCAAGGGACCCGUGCAGCUUCGUGAGUGCACCUACAAAGGCCAGAAGACCUUUGCUGUUGGAGAGGAGCAGUGGCUGCACCAGAAGGAUCAAACUCUGUACAAUGAAGCACUACAUAUGUGCCUUACAGGAAAUGGAGAGCAUCCGAGUUUGGCAUCCUGUAAUCCAUCAGACCCUUUCCAGAAGUGGAUCUUUGGCCAGAACGAUUAAGAUUUGAUAUCACAGCCCCGAUGCAUUUUAUCAAAAGAACCAUUCUGAACUGUGAUCAUAUACAUAUACCGCAUUUUUACGUGGUAGUUUAAAUGCAGAAUGUCCCAGCAGUUUCUUUUCCCUCUUAAGUUGGAUAUAAAAUGUGUCAUCAGAGAUUCCCUGGGAGUCUGUUAUACCAAAGAUAAUUGGGAUUCUGGUUAUAUUUUGUUUACAAUAUUUCUGUGAUAAGUUGACCACUGAUUUAUGGAUCCUUUUAGUUAUCUUUCAUCUUAGGAGGCCAUAGUGGGGGGGGGGAGGUUUGACAAAUUUUAAGUACUUCUGAAGAAGACUCAUUUUCUCUGUAGUGUCAUGAGAAAUUAUUGUCUACUGUCCAAAACCCAAUACACUUUUUAUGUAUGUUUCUAUGCUCAAAUGGCUGGUAUUAUUUUUUUUUAAUAAUUUACUUUACUCAGUGAAAUUUUCUCAAUAUUUUUUAAGUUCCUUCACUUGGAAAAUUAAAUAUUUGACUGUAAGGUCAAAGCCAAAUAGGAUACCACAUUGUGCUCAGUUUCUAGAAAGUCAGUUGCUUAGUAGAAGAAAAAAGUAAUUCUCACCAAAAUAUGUAUUUAUUUUAAUGGGAAAUCUGCUUAUUUUUAUACUAAUCUUUUGUUUAGCCAAAACUUCUUGUAUAGUUUUUUUUUUUUACAUUUCAUGGACUUAAAAUUUUAUUAUAGAGUUGUACUGUAGUAGGCUUCUGAGCUGCUUAAUAUUCACACAUUUUUUCAGCAUUCUGUUUAUUACUGCUUUUAAAUUAUGUUACCUACUAAACUUCUACCCCUA